CCAGUUCGAUGUUUAGUCGGAAAAGGUUCACGCACCGUAGAAGACACAAAUCACAACGAUGUCCUUCGAAAUUGAUCAGAGCCCCCCAAGUGCCGAGUUGCUUGAGGUAGCCCGCCAGGAACUCCGUGAAACCCCAGAAGUACGAGCGGCUGCCAUAGCAGAGCUACGCAAACUACUCGCAGCCGCUUCCGAUCUGUACUUCCCGGAUGAUGACGAUUUCUUGAUAAUCUUUCUGCGGCCAACACAUUUCUACCCGGAAAGUGCGAUCAAAUUGAUGCGCAAUGUAGCCGAAUUCAAAAAGGCGCACUCCGACUUGCUAAAGGAUCUUCUUCCGGUGGAUUUGAAGGAAGACAUCAUCAACAACAACGUUGUCUCGGUGCUAAAGCAGCGGGACCAAAAGGGACGCCGUAUGUUGAUCGUCAAAAUGGGUGAAGCCUGGGAUCCCAAAUCGAUUAGCGAGGAUAAGGUGUUCGCCAUCCUGUACACCGUGCAAAAGCUGGCCGUUAUGGAGCCGAGUACGCAGAUCAGCGGUGCGGUUGUGAUUUACGACUUCGAAGGUCUCGGCAUGAAGCAGAUCAAGGGGAUGUCACCGAGCGCGGCUAAACGGUUACUCACCUUCAUCCAGGAAGCGACUCCGGUCCGCAUGAAGGCGGUUCAUUUCGUCAAAGAACCGGUGCUGUUCAACAUGGUCUGGACGCUGAUGAAACCGUUCGUCAAGGAAAAGCUAAAGAGUCGAAUGUUCUUCCACGGUGACGAUAUGAAGAAGCUGCACAAACAUGUCGACCCAGGCUGUCUGCCUGCCAACUACGGAGGAACUCUUCCGGUGCUGGACUAUGGCUCGAAAGAAUGGUACCCGACCAUGGAGAAGCACACCGAUUUUAUCAAGAAAUUCAACACUGCCGGAUUCAAGUAGCAACAUUAUCAUCGUCAUCUUCACAAUGCAUUGUAGAUAGUAGAAUUGUUAUCUAAUCGUUCACUAAUAAUAACACUUCGUUGUUGGGUUCCAAUACCUGAUUCGGUCUGUAUAUUUACAACUCAGUGCACCUGAUAGCUGCAGUAUUUUUUAAAAUAAAU